CUGGUCUGCUUGGUCUGUUUCGUAAGCCUUCCCGGAAGUCUUGCAAUGUUGCGCCUCUGUGUUUAGGAACUCUGUGACUUUACUGUCUUUGACGUUAGUGCUGCUGUGCUAGCGGAACUAAUCUUUGUCUUUCAGCUGAGCGCGUGGAAGUUUGCGCGAUUCCAUUCGUUUAUAGGGGUACAACAUUUAUCUCCAGUAGUAGCCAAUGUUUUUCCUCCGUCUGUGUACUUGUAUGUACGUAAUCAUUUAUGCGUUUGAAAUUUUAACUCAAGCAAAUAACAUGUGUAUGUGAAUCCGCAACCACAGAUUGAACGAAGAGUUUUGAUGUGUCAGUGUGACAUCCAUAGUUCGCGCAGGUGGAGGCGUUGGGUUUGUUUCUAUUGCUGUUUCAUUCCUUUCUGAAGGAGAGUGAGAUCGACUGAGCAGCAGUGGAUGCUUGUGAGUGAGGCUGUCUGAAAUUAUUAAUUUGAUCUGGUGCGGUUUUCUUUUAUUAUUUUGGAAAAUAUCAGACAGGGUUGCGUUUAAAGCAAAAUGAUUUAAAGUAACAUUUUAAGGAGAUUUGCUAUGAAAGAUCAAAGAAUAGUGGCCAAGAUUCCGAAGGGGGUGUCAUUGAACUGACAGUCAAGAACCAAACCCUGAUGUGAUCUCUCAGUCCAGAACAGUGUAUUGAAAAAUAUAGCCAGGUGCAUACUGCUCCCAAGCAGUGUGCAGUCAGAUGCAUCUCAACCUCUAUGUUUGCAAAUGGCUUGCUGUCUGAAGGACGAGCUUUUGUGUUCCAUUUGCCUGAGUAUCUAUCAGGACCCUGUCAGUUUUGGCUGUGAGCACUAUUUCUGCCGUAAGUGUAUAACUGAGCACUGGAGCAGGCAGGAGCCCCACGGGGCCCGAGACUGUCCUGAGUGUAGGAGGACCUUCGCAGACCCUCUUCUCUCCCCAAGCCUCAAGCUGUCCAACAUCGUGGAGCGCUACUCAGCCUUCCCGCUGGAUGCCAUCCUCAACGUGCAGAGGAGCUCCUAUCCGUGCAAGGACCAUGAGAAGGUCAAGCUCUUCUGCCUCAGCGACAAGAGCCUGGUAUGCUUCUUCUGUGAUGAGCCAGCCUUACACGAGCAACACCAGGUCACCACUAUUGACGAGGCCUACGAGGAGAUACAGAGGGAGAUGAAGGAGCAGCUGGCCACUCUGCAGGACAGUGAGAAGGGACACACAGAGGCCCUGCAGCUACUGCAGAGACAACUCACUGAGACCAAGUCGUCGGCCAAGGGCCUUCGUGCGACCAUCGGCGAGGUGUUUGAGCAUCUGCAGCGAUUUCUGCGCGAGCGCCAGAAGGCCAUGUUGGAGGAGCUGGAGACUGAUACAGCACGCACGCUCUCCGACAUCGAGCACAAGAUCCAGCGUUUCAGCCAGCAGCUGCGUGACGUCAAGGAGGGCAUCGGCAUCCUGCAGGAGCGCCUCAACGAGCCAGGCCGCCAUGAAUUCCUGGAGGGCGUUGCCCUCACCUCCGAGAGGUGCUCUGCUUACUGUCUGACUGACCAUGGAUCAGCUGUUCUUCCAAACAGCCACAGUCCUAAACUUUUGAUAAAAGGAAAGAUACAUGAGACCAAUUUAACAUAUGAAGAUUUCCCGACCUCCAAGUACAUGGGGCCCCUGCAGUACACAAUAUGGAAGUCUCUAUUUCAGGAUAUUUCACCAGUGCCAGCAGCUUUGACCUUAGACCCUGUCACAGCCCACCAGAGGCUCAUCCUAUCAGAUGACUGCACCAUUGUAGCCUAUGGUAACCUGCACCCCCAGCCGCUGCAGGACUCCCCGCGACGCUUCGACGUGGAGGUGUCUGUGCUGGGGGCCGAGGGCUUCGGCUCCGGGGUGCACUACUGGGAGGUGAUGGUGUCAGAGAAGACCCAGUGGAUGAUCGGCGUGGCCAACGAGACGGUCAGCCGCAAGGGCAGCAUCCAGAUCCAACCCAGCCGCGGCUUCUACUGCAUUGUCAUGCACGACGGCAACCAGUACAGCGCCUGCACCGAGCCCUGGACCCGCCUCAACGUCAAGAGCAAGCUGGAGAAGGUGGGCGUGUACCUGGACUACCCCAAGGGCCUGCUGGUGUUCUACAAUGCUGACGACAUGUCCUGGCUGUACACCUACAGGGAGAAAACUUUCCCGGCCAAGCUCUGCCCCUACUUCAGCCCCGGGCAGAGCCACGCCAAUGGCAAGAAUGUCCAGCCGCUGAGAAUCAACACUGUGCGUCUAUAAGAGCUACACACAGUGUCACUAGACAGAUCAGAUCACUCACCUCAACCCUAACCUGACAAUAGGAUGAUGAUGAUAUAACUACGAUCCUAAAGAAAACUAGUUUUAAAAUGAAGGAAUAUGAGAAAAAUAACAAAGUGUAUGACUAUGGAAUGUUUUUCUGUCUGGUUUGCGGGUGACAGGAAGUUUGUGUGUCCUGCUCUUUUUGCCUGUCGGUGUGGGUCCUCACUAUUCUCACCUGGGAAAGACUAUUGGAACGCUGCUCCAGCAGCAUCGCUCCAACUGAGCCCUGGUUAGCUUCUUCACUGGUGUAAGGAGAGACUGUCUGCAUAAUGUCAUCCCACAAUGGUUUAGUGGGGGGAUCUCUGUGUGCUGUUGCUGUCUGAGGACCACCUUGCACAAGCCCAAGGGCUCUGACACCCCUAUGGUCCUUUUUCUUUGGCAUCGUUAGCAGUUGUGAGUGAACGCCCGUCGUGGUGGCAGUGAGUGCUGUUCCAUGUCCCUCCAUGUACCUGUACCCUUUAUUGAUGAUGUCGCAGCUCUUGAUUAUUUUCCCUCGGGUCACACGUGCACUUUUCUAUCGUUGACAAUGUCAGUCAGUCCAAGACGUGCUGGAACGGCAGAAUCGUGGUCCAUGUGGUCUAGUGAUCGUCACUGUAGUAGUGUUUGCUGUCCUCACCGCUCCCUCCUUUCCCCACCGAGUCUUUGUUGGUUUCUUCACCUCCAGCACGCUAGCGCUCUACUCCAGCUGUCCUGUACCUGUGGUUAUUUAUUCACUUAGUGUUAACACUCGUAUAUUCCUGAUUCCAUCUCCCUGCCUCCUCCCUUCCAUGACAUCUCGUCAUCGCAUUGUAGGUGUCAGAGGUCAAUAUCAAUAAAUGAAUCUUGACAUCUGCUGAUUUACACUUGGCCUAUGGGGCAGAGACCACUUACGACUCGAGCAGCAUGACGCUGCAAUUAAUGAGCUCUAGAAUGUUUUUAAUCAGUCAUUCUGUCUCUCUCAUUUUUUUCCUCAAAUAUGUUGAAACUAGUAAAUGCUAUGGAUACAAUGUUUUUUAAUAUAUUUAUAGAUUGUCUAAAUAGUUGAAUGACUUUAAGGAUAUACAAAUGGCCAAGGAGAACAAUAUUACAGUACAUUAUUAUACUGCCCUGGUCUGUUGGUAUUCUUUUAACAUCCAUUUAGUUCCAUAAGGCUGUUGCAGCGUAAACAGAAUACACUGAAAUGUUUUGAGGCUCAGUUCAUGUUGGCUCCUGCCCCAUAUGCCUCAAGUGCUCUUGUGAUCCCCUGAUUUAAGGCCAGUCCUGUAGAUUGUUAAGGGACGAGCUUUUGUAUUAUACAAAGUCCAGCACGGAGAGAGCCAGGGGGGUGAGUGUGUGUGUUUGUCUGUAUGUUAGUAAAUCAAAUGUAUUUAUAUAGCCCUUCGUACAUCAGCUGAUAUCUCAAAGUGCUGUACAGUAUGUGUGCAUGUUGGUGGAAAUGUAUGUUCUGGCCUCGUCUGUGAGGUGAUAAAAUAUCACAUCUGUUCCCCCGCCUCGUGUGUUUGUUCACUUUGAAGAACUGGGGCAGUUCACUACUUUGUUGGUAUGUUCUGAAGAGUACAGUAUGUGCAGUAUGAUGCAGAACCAUAUUUGAAGCAAGACUGCUGUCCUGUGAUAUGGACACCAGGCAGGAGAUGAUUAUUGUGGGGUGGUGGUGGGUAACUGGUGGGGGUCAUAAUAAUGACCAUUUCUAUGAAUACUUUUUAAUGAGGAUUGUGUCUUUUGGAUGAUGGCCGCUGUGCACCCAUUGUUGUGCGAACAUACUCUGGUGUGCUUCUGCUGCUAGAGGUCCAUGACAAAUGUUUUCAUGUACAAUUAAAGACAGGUAAAACCAA